GAGAAAGAGAGAGAGAAAGAGAGAGAGAGAGCUGAAGAAGCCCUCGCAGGACUUCAUCACAUUUCUUUCAGGACUGCACGGACCGAAACGGACCACUAACCGAUCACUAAACCUGGACUGAUAAUCAAUAUCGGUGAUUAGUCGCGGAGUGAGAAAAGUUGUGGGAGACUCUUGGAGGAGCAUGCGGCUCUGUUUCAGGCUCUAUGUGCUGUGGGGCUUUGUGGUGGUCACGACCUCCGUGACCAAGGCUGCCAAGAGGAAGGUGCCAGGCAGACGGUCCAGACAGGUGUUUGAGGCGGAGCCUGUGGAGGGGGUGUGGUCUGUGUGGGGGGAGUGGUCUGACUGCUCUCAGACAUGUGGCGUGGGCGUCUCAGAGAGGACCCGGAAGUGUUUAUCUCCUCCGCCUCCACAGGCCCCGCCCCUCAGCCACUCUCCACCUAACUGGGCAGGUUAUCUACCUGGGGGCAUCGGAGGUCCUGUCAUCUCACCUGUGCGCCCCUUCUACCCUCCUCGUUACCCCGGGGGACACCAGCCCUAUCAACACUCCCCGCCAGUCUCCACCAAUCACAACCCAGGAUUGUCCCUGUAUCGGAAUACCAACGCUGCAGGAGGCGGAGCUCCUGUACCGGGACAGGCCAAUCCAAACUCUCCUUUUUACCAGCCAGAAUUCCCCCCAACCAAUCAAGACCAUGUGUCCGUUUACCGAUCGCCCUACCACGCUCCUUCACACGGAUACGGCCAGCCGGCACGCACCAUCAGGAGGCCGACCAAUCCAGGAGCGGCGAGGGCUGCAGGAGGCGGGAGCAGAAGGUCAAUCUCCCCCAAUCGGGACGGUGUGCCAGCGAGGAGGUCUUCCGCCAUCCGUCCAGGUCAGUUUGGCUACGGCAGGGUCCCGUUCUCUCUGCCUCUGCAUCGUCCCAACCGGCAGGCUCGCCACACAGCUAACGGCACUGACGCUGACGCAUCACCUGGAUCCAACGACGACGACGCAGAUAAUGAGAGGAAAGAGGAAGAGGAGAGUGAUGGAGACGACAGAGAGGCAGGGAGGCGUGAGGAGGAGGAGAACACUGAGACACCUGCUGCUGAGGAGGUUCCCACAACGACGACCACAACUGGAAACCCACACCGCCACGCUGACCGACCCCCACACACUAACACCGACCACGGGAGGGCACGAGAGCGCUCACCGACCUCCUUCUCUCGCUCCUCAUCCACAUCUCAUCACCCCAUCCGCAACCGGUUCGACUGGCACUCCGUCACCGCGCCGCCUCCUCCCGUCCCUCCUCUCUCCCGCCCAAACUCUCCUGCAUCACCCUUUUCCCCUUCUCUCCACCGCUCCACCCCCAUGCACAGAGACCGGGAGCUCCACCAAGGCUUCAGCCCCCACGUCCCACCAGCCGGCAACGUCUACCCACUGCAGCACUCCCACAUCCCGCACCUGGGAGCGGAAUCAGGCAGGGAUGGAGGAAGAGGAGCGCCUCAGGUCUACAGAUGCUCUGGGGCGGAGAAGGAGUACCGCAGGUGCUUCUCACAGGUGUGUGGAGGAGGUGCAUUGGACUCCAGAGCAGAGCAGUGUGCAGCCUUUAACACCCAGGAGUUCAUGGGUCGCCUCUACAACUGGGAACCUUUCACUGAGGUUGGAGCAGCGAAACAGUGCGAGCUGACCUGCAGACCUGCCGGCUAUCGUUUUUACGUCCGCCAGGCUGAGCGCGUCAGAGACGGGACCCCCUGCUUCAACGUCAGCACCAACGACGUGUGUGUGGAGGGGCGAUGUCUGACGGAGGGCUGCGAUGGGGUACUGGGCUCCGGCUCUGUGAUUGACAAGUGUGGAGUGUGUGGUGGGCGGGAGAGCUCCUGUCGAAAGGUGACGGGGAGCUUCCAAAAUGUCACGGUUCCCCUUGGUUACCACAAGAUCCUGGACAUCCCACCCGGGGCUACAUUCAUAAACAUCACAGAGAGACGAGCCAGCCCUAAUUACCUGGCCAUGAGGAGCGGCACGGGGGCUUCGGUGGUGAACGGGCGUUGGGCUGUGGACCCUCCUGGGGAGUACCAGGCAGGAGGGACUACCUUCACCUACACCCGACCUAGAGCACAGGCGGAGGGGGAGGAGGAGAAAGGCGAGUCCCUCAAGGCUCCAGGACCCACCACCACACAGCUACAGCUAUAUAUCAUUUUCCACAAGGAGAACCCGGGUAUUGACUAUGAGUUUUACAUCCCUGUGGAGAAGAAGGAGGCAGAGAGGGAGAGGCCGGCGGAGAGAGAGAGGGAGGCACCGAGAGAGAGGCCGAGGGAGCGAGAGCCAGGGAGGGCACCCCUUCGCAGUCCUCUCACUGUGUCAAUAGAAGACCCUCCUCCAGCUCCUCCUCCUAUUUCAGUCCCUUCUUUCCCCUCCUCAUCCUCCUCCUCCACCUCUGUGUUUUCUCCCCCCUCCUCGGACCGAUGGACACCUGAGAGACCACGUCCUCGAGGCGGUGCACCCAAUAGGAAUGCUCGGAUCCCUCCUCGCACAGACCUGCCGCCGGACACUCAGCCACCAUUUGUGUGGAGGAGAGGAGGGCUCACAGAGUGUUCUGUUUCCUGUGGCAAAGGUUAUCAGAGCCGAGUCAUUCUGUGUAUAAACCGCCACACAGACGAUGAAGUCCCAGAGAGGAAGUGUGACUCUGCAGCCAAGCCGGUACCUGAGGAGGAACCCUGUAACACACAUCCCUGCCCACCAUUCUGGGAGGCCAGUUCAUGGUCAGAGUGCAGUGUGUCGUGCGGCCCCGGGGUGCAGCAGAGGCAGCUCCAGUGCAGGCAGAGCUUUGGAAACCGCUCCACCAUGGUCCACCCACAGCGCUGUUCCCACCUCACCCCGCCAGAGUCCACACAGGCGUGCCAGCUCAGCCUCUGCUCCCACUGGGAGGUCAGCUCCGACUGGAGCACGUGCUCAGUGGACUGUGGAGUCGGGAGGAGGACGAGGAGUGUGCGCUGCGUCAGCGAUCAAGGCAGUGUGGUGAACGAAAAGGAGUGCAGCUCCAGGAUUCGCCCUCAAGGAAGUGAGGAGUGCAACAUGGGCCCCUGUGUAACCAACUGGUACUUCACUGACUGGUCCAACACUUGUUCGGCGCAGUGUGGCCCCGGGGUGCAGAGGAGGGAGGUGGUGUGUCUGACUCGAGGAGGCGUCAGAGACGGAGGAGGAGGAGGGGACUGUGUUGGGGAUAAACCAGCAGAGAUGAAGGCCUGCAACGGGGGUCCUUGUGUGCCAGUAAUGAUUUGGUACAGCAGCCCCUGGACACAGUGUAACGUCCGUUGUGGGAAUGGAACUCAGCGGCGAGACAUCAUUUGUGUCAAAAAGAUGGGGAAUGAUUUUACCGUGGUACCAGCCGGUGAGUGCGCUCAUCUGGACAAACCUGCCGCGGUCCAAGAGUGUGAGAUGGGAGAGUGUGAGCCGCAGUGGUUCACAACAGAGUGGAGCGCGUGCUCACGUUCUUGCGGGAAAGGCUUACAAAUGAGGGAGGUACGGUGUCUCAAACCGGACAAAAAGCACAGUCUUGAAUGUGAACAGGACACCAAACCUCAACAGGAGCAAAUCUGCAACACAAUACCCUGCAGUCCACAAGUCACAGAUGAAAACUGCCGGGACAGACGUCACAACUGUGUGAUGGUGGUUCAGGCCAGGCUGUGUGUUUACUCCUACUACAAAACAGCCUGCUGUGCCUCGUGUACCCAGAGUGCUCAGCGUGCCAAGAGGCACUGACCACCCAAUCACAUGGACAGCCCAGGUGUGCAAGAAAUAAAGGAUUAUGUUUUAAAAGGGGCUGAAAUGAGAAGUCUGUAGAAGUGGACAGCCCAGAGUAGAUGUAAUCCUCGUGGUGGUCGUCAGAAAUCAUUUAGCUAUUUUCUCCUGAUUCUUCAGGUAAAACACUGUGAAAGCAGCCGGUCCAUUUUUCCAGUUCUCUGUAUACGUUUUCAUAUUGUCUGCUAGAACCACAUAUUCCACUGAGAUCGCAUCUUUUUACUUUGUGCGUUAGCUUUAACAGGUUCGUAAUGUGUCACAGGGGGCUAAGUGAUGCAUUUGUUGUGAUUUCAACUCUGAUUUCUAAGGCUGAGAGAUUAUAAUGGAAGGUGCUCACUGAGGACACAGCUGUGUUUCAGCAGCAAUUUAGCCUUUUCAAAAGAUUCUCUUAAAAUCUGAAGGAUCUUAAAACAGACGUAAUCAGACAUGCAUACCACUAAUUAUAAAAAGAAACUUGCUGAACAAAUAAUUACCAUGUGUGCUAGAUAAACUGUGUAUAAUGUAUGUGUGCUGAAGAUCUACUGGAAUAGAUCUACUGUGUUUAUGUACACCACAGACCCACAGCUAAGCUAGAAGGAUUUCAUUAACAUAUCGUAUGUCUUUUUUUCUGUUUGCCAAAAAUAUUUCCUCAAGCGUCCUCUUAUUGUUCAGUUCAGUAUUUGGACAGCUCAACCAAAGGAGUGGGGUGAACAUGGCAGUAAGUGACCAAAUAUAUCAGAGCGGGAAGAAGUGAGAUUCUUCCCAAACAAGAAGGAUAUUCGAUAUGGAUUUUAACAAGCAGCACAGACUUUUUACAGUCUGUUAACGUAUUCAUGUCAGUUACAGUCGCAUACAGAGAGCUGUUGGAGUUGUGUUAAAAUCCACAGCUAAUGUGUGAAGACUCAUAGUUGCAGUAAUGUUUUUACUAAACUCAAGACGAUGCUGCUCACUAAUUAACAGACAAAAAAUGUUAAUUAUCAAGUGAUAUGACGGGUCUUCUAUACUUUUCUUCUUGUCAACAAAUCCCAUGAAAAGACGAAACCAACAGCGUGAUGUAAAUCUUUAAAAAUGGCUCAAAAAUAUUUAGUUUAUUUUUUAAAGGGUCAGAAAAUUCCUAAAAUAGAUGGGGCAAGUUUUGAGCAAAUGUCAUUUUCAACUGCAGAUUAACACACAUUGAGUAUUUAUGACACCAGGAUGGUAAAUGUGGGACUGCUUAAAAAUACGACUUAUUAAUUACAAUGCGGUUUGUAUGAUAUCUUAUGAUAGCCCAGUCAUUGUUUCAACUUGUGACGGUUGCGAUGGUUAAUGUUCUGAAAUGAAACAGUUUGGUAUAUUUGGUUGGGUUUAGGUACCAAAAGUACUUGGUUAAGUUUGGGAAAAACAUCCGGGUUAGAGUUAAAAUAAAUGCUUCUGUAUGUACCUACUGGACGCAGUUACAUUGGUGACGUUGAACGUCUCAAAGAACGUGACAUACAGUCAUGGAAAAAAUUAUUAGACCACCCUUUUCUUCAAUUUCUUGUUCUUUUUAAUGCCUGGUACAACUAAAGGUACAUUUGUUUGGACAAAUAUAAUGA